GUAACAAAGCUCUGAUAAGUACCUUAUCAUGGCCUCAUUAGCCUUGAGAGCUGAUAGCCAACGUAAGACAUUUCAAUUAUCUUAAAAAUAUUUGCCAACUUGCAUAAAUUAGUCGUAAUUUGCCAUCUGUAGUGAUCAGUUUAAAAUUCACGGUAUGGAUCUACAGAUUGAGGAAAAUACCAAACAACCGAUCAUUUCCACCACACAUGGUCAGGUACGCGGACAACUGCGUAAUACCAUUUAUGGCGAUCAGUAUUAUUGCUUCGAUGGUAUACCCUACGCCAAGCCUCCGUUGGGAGAACUACGUUUCAAGUCACCACAGCCGGCUGAACAUUGGGAGGGUGUACGUGAUUGUACUGAAGUUGCACCGAAAUGUAUACAAUAUAAUCGUUAUACCGAGCGUAUCGAGGGUUCCGAAGAUUGUCUAUAUCUGAAUAUUUAUGCAAAAAAGCUUAAAUCGGAAAAACCACUGGCCGUUAUGGUUUAUAUACAUGGUGGUGGUUUCACCACUGGCAGUGCGUCUCGUCAUAACUGGGGACCAGAUUAUUUCAUGAUGAGAGAUGUGAUUUUCGUAACAAUUGGAUUUCGUGUGGGAGCGCUAGGUUUCCUCAGUUUGCCCGAACCAGAGUUGCAAGUUGCCGGAAAUGCCGGACUCAAAGAUAUUGUAGCAGCAUUAAAAUGGCUUAAAAUAAAUUACCACAAUUUUAAUGGUGAUCCAGAUAAUAUAACGCUUUUCGGAAAUAGCUCGGGUAGUGGCGCCACGCAUAUUCUUAUGAUGGCACCGCAAUGUGAGGGGCUAUUUCACAAAGCCAUACUCAUGUCCGGUCUAAUGAUACACAUUCGUAAAAUACCAAAUAUACAACUCCGUUUCGCUAAACACAUUGGUUAUGAAGGUUCUGAAGAUAACCAAAGUAUAUUAAAGUAUUUGCGUGCACUUGAAGCUGAGAAAUUAGCCAACCUAGAUUUUCUAACUAAAGAAGAAUUCGAUCGGAAUAUAGCCUAUAUAUUCUGUCCUACAAUAGAAAAUGCCAACACGCCAGAUGCAAUAAUUACUAAAGAUCCAUUCGACGCGUUUGCUGAAAUAACGGCUUGGUCCCAUAAAAUGCCGCUAAUUUUAGGUGGCACCACUUUGGAGUCGCUCUUGAGUUAUAAGUUCUACACAACGAUUCCAGAGCUCUACAAUACACUUAAUUUGCAUCCAGAAUAUGUACUCUCCAGCGAAAUAACUUUAAAAUGCGAGUUUCCAACGCAAAAAUCACUGGCAAAGAAAUUAAUCAAAUUGCACAUAGGUAAUGAAGUUUUGGAGAAAGAGAAUGCACUACGCAUUAUAAAAUUAGCAUCGUAUGGCUCUUUUUACCAUCCCAUGCAUCGCUAUAUGUGUGCCCGUCUUCAGCGUGCAACAGCACCAACGUAUCUCUAUCGCUUCGAUUUUGAUUCGCCCGAUUUUAAUUUGUAUCGCAUUAAAAAGUGCGGUCGAAAUGUACGAGGCGUAGCACAUGUCGAUGAUCUUUCCUAUAUAUUUUACAUGCCGGAGUCGUUUAAGUUAGCACGUGAUUCUGCAGAGUUCCGUACCAUCGAAUAUAUGUUGGAUUUAUUUACUACAUUCGCAACCACUUCCGACCCUAACGUAGAUAGCAUAAAGCCAACAGUUUGGGAACCGCUGUCUGCACUCGGCGAACACAAAUGUUUGAAUAUCUCUAAUGAAAUAAGUUUUGUGGAUUGGCCCGAGUCGGAAAUAUGUAAACUGCAUGAUGAAUACUACAAAGAAGCAGGUGUAAAAUUGCUGGAACUUAUUUGCAGUUCACAUAAGGAUGGAGAAUGCUCUAUCACCUUACCAUUGGGCGCUAUUAAGGGGCGGGAAGACAAAACUGUCUACGAUCAGAAAUUUUUGAGUUUCGAAGGUAUACCAUUUGCUCAACCACCAUUACGUGAGUUACGUUUCCGUGCGCCAGUACAGGUGGAACCAUGGAAGGGCGUUAAGGAUUGUACUAAAUGCGCCAGUAAGCCUUUACAGUUAAACCCAGUCAAUGAGAGCAUAGAAGGAUCUGAAGAUUGUCUUUACCUAAAUGUCUAUACAAAACGACUUAAUUCGGAAAAACCACUACCUGUUCUUGUAUUUAUAGCCGGUGGGUCUUUUCGUUCAGGUGGCGCCAGAAGAGAAACAUUGGGUCCCGAUUACUUUAUGAAUGAAGAUGUAGUGCUUGUUACCUUUAAUUAUCGACUAUGCUCUUUAGGCUUUCUCAGUUUCGCCGAUCCUACACUGAGUAUACCCGGUAAUGCUGGUCUCAAGGACCAAGUACUCGCACUUAAGUGGAUUAAGCAGUACAUAUCGCACUUCAAUGGUGAUCCUAAGAACGUUACAGUUUUUGGUUCAAGCGCCGGGGCUGCCUCAACCCAUUUACUGAUGCUGUCUGAGCAAGGACGUGAUCUCUUCAAACGUGCCAUUGCCAUGUCUGGUUGUGCGCUAAAUUAUUGGGUUAAUAUGCCGCAAACAAAUAUGGCUUACCGUUUGGCAAAAUUUCAUGGCUAUAACGGUGACAAUCUCGAUGCAAGCGUUUUACAAUUUCUAAAUAAGCUAGACCCUACAAAAUUGGUUGUGCACUCUUUAUUAAACAAGGACGAACAGCGUAAAUCGUAUUUGUUUCCAUUCGGUCCAAUUGUUGAACCUUAUAUAGAAGAGGGUUGCGUUAUACCGGAGCGUCCAUUUAAUAUGCUUAAGAAUGCAUGGAGCAAUAAAAUAUCAAUGAUGAUCGGUGGCACCUCAUUUGAAGGUCUGUUUAUGUACAAUACACUCAAGAAAAAUCCUGAUAUUAUGAAACUUUUAUACAACGAACCAGCAUUAAUACUACCAGAAGAUGUUCUCAAUUCAAAUACUACAAAAGAAAAUAAACGCAUGGGAGAACAACUAUUAAAAUUGCAUUUCGGCGAGAAGGAACCGAAUGAUCACUCGCUUUUUCACUAUUUAGAUUUAUAUAGCUAUAAAAUCAUUUGGCACGACUUGCAUCGUACUAUUUUAGCACGCUUAAGUUUUGCACUGGCCCCCACUUUUCUGUAUCGUUUUGGCUUCGACUCACCAGAUUUCAAUGUUAAUCGCAGGCGAUAUUCAGAUGAAAAGGCUCGUGGUGCAUGCCAUGGUGAUGACUUGUGCUAUUUAUUCCAUUCACGUGACUCAAAAAAGUUGUAUCCAAACUCGGCCGAAUAUAAAACCAUAAAGCGUAUGAUAAGUAUGUGGACGACAUAUGCUACUAAUGGUGAUCCCGAUUCGCCAACAACGGAUCCGAUUAUUUGGGACGCCGUAACGAAAUAUUAUAAUCUACGAGGGGUUAAUAUUGGUCAACAUUUGGAAUUUACGACAAUUCCAGAAGUAGACAAAUUGGAAGCAUGGGCGAAGUUAUAUAAGAGUCCGGAGCAAUUCGACGAAAGCAGUCGGUUUUGCUGUGUUGGAACGACGAAUAAAUAUAAUUGUUUACAUAGCCGCAGAAUAAAAGCAAAAGCGCUGAUGAGUUUGACCGAAAUGCUGGAAAUCGCACUGCCAUUGGGUGUGAUCAAAGGCCAACACUGCCAGACUGUAUAUGCGCACGAUUAUUACAGCUUUGAGGGCAUACCAUAUGCGAAACCGCCUUUAGGGGAAUUACGCUUCAAGGCGCCUCAACCGAUCGAGCCUUGGAGCGGUGUCAAGGAUUGUAUGCAAUGCGCUAACAAACCGUUACAAAAGAAUUCGCGCACUGGCGGUGUGGAGGGCUCGGAGGAUUGCCUAUAUUUAAAUGUUUAUACAAAAAAGCUGCAAUCAGAGCAACCUUUGCCGGUAAUGGUAUUUAUUUACGGUGGCGCAUUCUAUACAGGGGAAGCCACAAGGAACGUUUACAGCCCCGACUAUUUUAUGAGUGAGCAAGUAAUACUCGUUACGUUCAAUUAUCGCCUCUGUUCAUUGGGUUUCCUCAGUCUCACUGAUCCAGCGUUACAAGUACCGGGUAAUGCGGCGCUGAAAGAUCAAAUACUCGCGCUUAAAUGGGUGAAACAGUAUAUUAGUCACUUCAAUGGUGAUCCCGAUAAUAUAACGCUUUUCGGUGAAAGCGCCGGCGCUGCUAGCGCUCAUGCUAUUACGCUUAGCGCACAGUCGGAAAAUCUCUUUCAACGCGUCAUACUUAUGUCGGGUAGUGCGCUAUGCUAUUGGGUAAAUAUGCCACAGACUGAUAUGGCGUAUAGAUUAGCGAAAUUUCACGGCUAUAAUGGUGAUAAUAUAGAUGCAGAAGUUCUAAGUUUUCUGCAACAAUUAGAACCCGCCAAAUUGGUGCAACAUUCUUUGCUCAACGAAGAGGAACGUAGAAAAUUAUAUAUGUUUGCUUUUGGACCAAUUGUUGAACCGUAUGUUAGUGAGAAUUGUGUUCUGUCGCAAAGGCCAUUUGAGCUGCUGAAAAAUACUUGGAGUAAUCGUAUACCGAUGAUUAUUGGUGCAAAUUCUUUUGAGGGUCUCUAUAUGUAUCAACGUUUUAAAAUGUUUCCGCAAAUAAUGCGCACGCUUAUUAAUGAUCCAGAGCGUAUUUUGCCAGAGGAUGCUAAGGUUGUGCACACACCGGUAGAGCGUCAAGCAGUGGGUGAAAAGUUAUUAAAAUUGUUUUUUGGCGCCAAAACGCCUAGUGAUCGUUCAGUAUUCAAAUUUUUGGAUAUUUAUGGCUACAAAUUAUUUUUACACGAUAUCCAUCGCACUGUUUUGGCACGUUUAGCAUAUGCCAGACAACGCACCUAUCUUUAUCGUUUCGAUUUUGACUCGCCCGAUUUUAAUUUAUAUCGCGCUAAAUAUUGUGGCAAUGCUCUGGUACGUGGUGUGUCCCAUGCUGAUGAUUUAUCGUAUACGUUUUUUUCAAAUGACUCUUGGAAAGUCAGCUUGGAUUCGGCAGAAUAUCAGACUAUUCGAAGACUAAUUUCUAUACUAACUACUUUUGCCACUAACUCGGAUCCCAAUUGUGAUGAAAUUAAACCGGUUAUCUGGACACCAUUAGAAGACGCUGAACCGAAUAUGGCUUUAAAUAUUGGCUACGAUUUGAAAAUGAUGGAGCUACCGGAGACCGUUAAACUACAGGCGCUAGAUGAGCUUUUUACAGAUAGGGAGCAAUUAUAUUAUGUGUAUUCGGCCCAAGCUAACAAUGCGAAUACACAAUGCGCUCAGUUGAAACUUGUCGCAUCUAUACACAGACACUAUAUUCCCGUUCGACAUACACUUGACAUAUUUCUGACGAGAACCCAAAAAAUUCCGGUUAAAAUUCUUGGAACAUACCUACGAAAAAUGGCAACUGACUCAGGCAUUUUGGAAACAGUGGAACUGCAAUUACCGCAAGGUCGCAUACGCGGCGCAAAGCGCCAGACAGUCUAUGGCGACACCUACUACAGCUUCGAGGGCAUACCGUAUGCCAAACCGCCAGUUGGCGAAUUACGUUUUCGCGCACCACAACCAUUUGGAAAUUGGCCGGAUAUAUUGGAUGCCACCCAAAGUCCGCCCAAACCAAUACAAAUUAGUCGGAAAACCGGCAAGGUAGAAGGCAGCGAAGAUUGUCUUUAUCUGAAUGUCUACACCAAGCAUAUAGAUGCUACUAAGCAAAUGCCGGUCAUGGUUUGGUUACAUGGUGGCGGCUUUCAGACCGGUCGUGCAGCACGCGAGCAUCACGGACCCGAUUAUCUCAUGCGUGAAGACGUUGUAUUUGUCUCUUUAAAUUAUCGCCUUUGUUCGCUUGGUUUCCUUAGUUUAAAUGAUCAUAGUCUCGAUGUACCUGGCAACGCUGCCCUCAAGGAUCAACUGCUCGCACUCAAGUGGAUUAAGAAAACCAUUUACUAUUUUAAUGGCAAUUGUAAUAAUAUUACCGUGUUUGGUGAGAGCGCCGGCGCCACAUGUGCGCACAUUUUGUCAUUGAGUGAUCAAGCGCGCGGUCUCUUUCAACAGGCGGUGAUGAUGUCCGGUUCAGCGCUGAGCUACUGGGCUAACAUGCCGCAAAAUAUGGGCUAUCGUCUAGCUGUAUAUCAUGGUUAUAAAGGCGAGCCCAAAGAUAAGCCAGUACUGGAGUUUUUGCAAAAUUUGGAUGCAGAAAAAUUGGUUCAGCAUUCGCUGCUUAAUGAAGAGGAAACUCGUUCAUUUCACUGGCUAACAUUUACACCGAUAGUUGAACCCUAUGAGUCGGAGCAUUGCAUAUUGCCAACCGAUCCAAUUAAUAUGUUGAAAACGGCUUGGGGAAAUGGCAUACCAAUUCUCAUGGGCGGCACAUCGUUUGAGGGUUUAAUAAUGUAUCAGCAUGUGAAAAAGUUUCCACAAAUUUUAGAACUCUUAAAAAAACGGCCAGAAUUAUUGGUAUUAGCAGAGUUCAAAGAUAUCUACAAGAGCAGUCGUAUACAGGAAUUGAGCACACGCAUACUGAAUCUUUACUUUGGUAAGGAGAAAGACGAAGUAGUUACUAAACAGGAUAAGCCUGAUCCCACCUUUGAUUUUUUACAUCUCUGUUCACAUAAAAUGUUCUGGCAUGGUUUGCACCGCACAGCGCUUGCACGCACAAAAUAUGCCACUGCCAAUACUUAUCUCUAUCGAUUCGAUUUCGAUUCACCAACAUUUAAUCAUAAUCGCAUACGUUUCUGUGGCGAUGCAUGUGUAAAGGGCGCUGCACAUGGCGAUGAUCUCUCGUACCUAUUCUAUUUGAACGAAUCCAAAAAAUUAGAGAAGGAUACACCUGAAUAUGCUACCAUACAACGCAUGGUCAGCAUAUGGACCAGUUUUGCUAAAUUGGGAAAUCCGAAUUGCCCCGAGAUCGCACCAAAUAUUUGGCUACCAAUAGAAAAAACAAAUCCAGAUUUUGGUCUAAAUAUUGGCCAGACAAUGCAGGUUAUGCAAUUACCCGAAACGCCGAAAAUGAAAGCUUGGGAUUCUUUGUAUGAAAAGCGAUUGCUUUAUGGGUCUGCAUCUGAUACCGAAUAG